AUGGUUUAUUACACUAGUAGCAACAUUGGUAAAAGAGGUUUACCAAAGCUGGUUACCACAACAUCGUCAUCACCAUCAUUAUCAUCUAGCAUCGCUACACACAUAACAGCAAGUUCUACGACUGUAAGGUCUUCCAUAAUUGAAUCACAAAAGACAUUGACUAAUUUGCUCUCCAACUCCAUAUCAUUGUUAGACUCGAGUUCCUUCAUAUCAUCAUCAACUGCUACCGUGACACCUACCAUUACACCACCUUCCCCUUAUGGAAAUCCACAUAUUGCACAAAUGAUUGAUCUACCACCUCGUGGAACGGUGUUCAUAGCGGUUGGUGCAUGUGUUGGUGGUAUAUUUUUGGCUAUAUUUGUAUGGUGGGCUAUUUCAACAUAUAUAUCACAUCAAAACACCAAGUAUAAUGGUCAAUUGACAGGUAAUAACGGAAGGAAUAUUUAUAAUUCCAAUAACAAUUAUAAUAAUGCUAGUUUUGGUCAUAGACCUCAAAACUCUUUAAUGACUCAAAUUACGGCAAGUAGUUAUUCUGAUAAUAAUAGUAGUAACUUCGAACAAGAAGACGAAAAAAUUUCAACUAAUGGACGUAUCUCUGGCAAAACAUCUUUGUUUAAUUUGACUCGUAGUAACACGAGAGAACCAUUUAUUGAUGAUGAUAUAUCUGUCGGCUAUUGGGAACCUGAACAACAAGUAUUUAAUGUUAUUCAGGAUGAUGCAUUCGGUUACAAUAAUAGGAGUUCAUUAUUUAUAUCUCCAACAUUAGAAGUAAGCCAAAAACAAACACAGUAUAAAAGAAGAAAUUCUAGAUUUGGUAACCUUGAUAAUACAAUGAAUGAGGGGGAUUUUUCUACAUUAUCUGUCGAUUCUACCUUCUUGGAAGGUAAUAUUGAUAAACCUACGAGAGCUGCUUCACCAGAAAGAAAGAAAAAAAUUAGCGAAGAUAUUCAUUAUCACACAAGAAAUAAAUCCUCCAUGGGAUUAACCCUGACAAGUAGUACGCCCCCAAGUCCAACAAAAAAUGCAAGUCAAAGACAUAAGAAAACACCAUCCAUGUAUUUAGAGGAUAUGCUCACUGAUAAUAUAUAA